UAGCUUCGUUCUGUCGUUCAAGUAGGUACGAGGCGAUUUAAAAAUAAAAAAUAUUUGUCUAUGUUCUGAUUGUGAUUGUGUGAUUGGCGCUAUUUUGCGUUUUUAUUUUAGAUUUAUCUAAUAAAACAGUGUAAUUUGUGUCAAGUAUGAAAUACUAGUUUCAAAAUAGUUUUCUCGAGUGUGGUUAAUCAUACCAAAAGCUUCAUAUAAGAUUGUUCAAUGGGUUCCUUAACAUAAGACCUGCCAGAAGCUUCAUUUGAAGCCUUUAGUGUUAGUUGUUAUUGAGGAAUUGAAUGGCUAUGUAUUAUUACGCAAGUAAACUGAAUGAAGCCUCAUGUAGUGGGUGCAAUAUGAAAGUGCCCCCAGCCCCCUCCGAGCCGGCCCCUGUGCCACCACCACCCACCGAUCUUGCUCCACUACCACCAGACCCAUCUCUCCUGCAUGGAACGGGCCUUUCUUAUUAUGAUAAUGAUGAUUACUACUCUAUGGUAAGAGGCAACAAGUUCAUGUCUGAGAGCACUUGCAAACAUAUUGUAAUGAAUGGAGGAAUUAACUUUGUUUCUUCCCAGAAAGUAGAAAAUCCACAGUUAUCCGCCGUGCUACCAUCGGGUGUGAAGACCUUAACAAACCUGCCAUACAUGAACUGUCCAUCUGACAAACCAGAAGUUGAGUACAGAGAUGGGCAGAUUGUGAGUGCUACUCUAGAGGCUCUGGUGGAUAUGCUGCGACCAGGGGCCAGUAAAGCAUUUACAUUCACAUUUCUUCUUUGUUCACGGCUAUUUGUUAAACCACAUGAACUGCUGAACAAGCUAUGCAAGCGCUACUUCAAAAGUUAUGAGAAAAUAGGAAAGUCAGAAAUGAAAGAUUUGGUAGAAAAAGAACUUGGUGACAUGAUAUCUCUUGUGAGGGUGCUAAGUCAGUGGACCAGCAUGUUUCCUUACGAUUUUCGCGAUGACAGGGUCAUGGCUCUUGUGCGCAGUAUUACUCAAAGAUGUGCAGCUGAUCAUAUGACUUCAGUAAGAGUAGAGAUGUCUACUACUUUGGAAAAACUGCUUGAUAAGUUGACAGCACUUGAACAAUAUGAAGAGACCUUAAAUGAACCACCUCAGGUGUCGUCUUUGGACCAGUUGACUCAGGGUGAUAUUCUUACCCUCGGCCUCACCCCAGUUGAAUUGGCAAACCAAUUGACCAUUGUAGAGCUACACAGGCUAUCAUUUGUUGGCCCUGAAGAGUUUGUGCAAACAUUUGCACCAACACAACCACCACAAUCUUCAUCAUCAUGUGGAAAAACCUCUAUCAACUUACAUCAUAUAGAAACUAAAAGCACACGGAAUUUGGAAGCAUACGCUGAUUGGUUUAAUAGACUCAGUUAUUUAGUGGCAACUGACAUUAUAAAGGCUGUUAAAAGCAAAUACCGCGCUCGAGUUAUUGAACAGUGGGUAAUGACAGCCAGAGAGUGUUUCAAUCUUGGAAACUUUAACUCGCUAAUGGCCAUCAUAAGUGCAUUGAAUAUGUCACCAGUGACGCGACUUAAGAAGACGUGGAGCCGGACAUCUGCUGUAUGUGGUCAACAACUGAGGCAGCUGGAACUAUGUGUUGAGCCUAGUGGAAAUCACGCAAGAUACCGCGCAGCAUUGGCCGCGGCACCCAGUGAGACAGCUGUGCCAUUACUUUCUGUGACGUGCCGGGAUCUACAUUUCGCAAAUCAGGGCUCUCCCUCGAAGUUGCCUGGUAAUCGUGUAAACUUCGAGAAAUGCCUGCUUUUGGGUCGUUACGUCAAUAUCCAGUUGGCUAGCCGACAGCUGACCGUCGAGGGGAGUCCUGUCACCUCACAUCCUUCGCCCCACAUUUCCGUGUGGCGUUUCCUAAACGAUAGACCUACACUUACUGAGAUUGCUCUGGAAAUCGUAUCGUUUGAGCGCGAGCCUCCAGUGGACCAUCAGGAAAAAGAGCGGCUGAAGCGCUUACGAGGCGCUAGUUAAAUCAAAUACAAACCUCGUAUUCGCGAUCGGGAUUCCGAUAGUUUUUCUAAGUUAAACCCGGUUAUGGGUGACGCCCACCAAGCGUUAUGUGUUCUACUCUUAAACUCAUUACGUCGUCGUAUGUUAUGUCUUAUCUCGAGGGUAAAGGUACUUAUGUACUUUGUUUCAUUUAGGUCACGUUAUACUUUAUUUAAAAACUAAUGCUAACGUAUCUAUCCACUUUUAAAUUACUUCCUAUUCAAUUCACGUUGCUAUUUGAUUUAAUAUUUAAUUACAUUUUGUUAUGAUUGUGGUCUUGUGGUCUCACGAUUAUUAGAACAUCUAUAAAUUUUUGUUCAAUAUCUUCACUUAAUCCACGUUUUGUGGGAACCACCCCGAGGGAAAUAUUAAUAAUUUGAGAUUAUCAGAUUUUUAUUGGAUCUACGAAGUAACUGACCAACGAUAGUCAUAUCAACAAACUGCUCAAUAUGUGUAUUAACAUUUUAAUUUUACAUUUUGCAGCAACAGAAAAUGUGUACCAAACAGUUAGUACUUUUUUGUGUAGUUUUAGAGUAUAAUGUGAUUCGUAUUUUUUAAUAUCGUCAUAAUUCAUAAUAUUGCGAACGUAUGGAACUAGCCAGAGCACCGGGCUAGUAGAUAUUAUAAAAAGAAGUCGAUUGAUAAUGAAACUAUGGAAUUUACUACAUUGACUUUAAGUGUGAAAUACGUGUGAUUUAAAUUAUUUCCAUGACUCCUUGAUCUUCAUUUAUGAGGCCAUUUAAAUCCAAGUUCCUUACACAUCAGUAUUUAGCUACCUGUUAAAUCUCGCCAUUAUGAUGAAUCUCGUAAUGUAAGUACUUAAUAUUUAUUUAUACUUUUUGCAUUCUGAAAAUUGAUCUCAUGUGUUUUGAAUUAAUAUUUUGUGUAACUUGUGUUCAAGUGUUAAAUGUGUAUUCGAAUGUGUAUAUGUGCGACGGAUAUAAUGUGUAUUUGAUGUAUAUGCAUUUAUUGUGCAGUACAAAAUAUUGCACGAGUUCCUGUUAUUUUUCUUUUGAUGUCUCGAAACUGACAGGUAUCAUUUUGUUUUUUUUUUCUUUUAAGAUGAAAAAAAUUUUCGUUCAUUAACGUUUUACAUUUAAUAUUAUAGUUGUAAAACAUACAUUUGUGGUGUUUAUCUAUGCAUGAUUAAGAUGUUUACUUGGCCGUUAAUAUAUUAAAUAAAUGUCUACUUAAAGUCUCAGACCCAAGUUAACUGAAUUAUAUUGUCAGCAUGGGUAAUAUAUUUAAUGAUUAAUAUUUGAAACAAAAUGACUCUUAUAUGCAUCUAUGUGUUAUGAAUGUAGUGACUAUGUACCUAUUUAAAGUCUAUGUGUCAUAUCACAUAUAUAAUUAGUGUUUACUGCUCGGUAAUCCUUCUUUUUUUACUGUAUUUUACGUAAAAAUGUGUUCACGGCUAUUACAUUUAAGAAACGUUUGUACUUAAUUCUUUAUGUACUUAAUACUCAUUUAAAAUAGAUUAUUAUUUAAGAUUUCGAAAGUUUUCAAUAAUGUUAUGUGUACAAAUAAGUUGCCAUGUUAGGGUUAGAUCUAACUUCUGAAUAAUUUAUACUACCUAUGGCCCCCUUAUCUAGUAUUGUUUUAAUAGAUACAAUUCCACCUCUACUCUUGUAAGUUCACAAAAUAGGUAUCAUAACACCAACCAGACUGUGACUCUGGAGUAAACAAAACACUUAAUAUAUUUAUACCCCUAGUUGAUUGUUCUGUGUUAUUAAAACCAACUUGUUUCUCUAUCCUGGUUACCUUAUUACAUUCCAAUGCAAUGAUUGACUAGACCAGUAUUGAGGAGGCAGCUAACGCAGUAUUGGUUUUAUCUUUAAAGUAUAUUUCUUGUGAUCCAAAUAUUUUUUAAAGAUAUUAAACUUAAAUUUGACUGUCGAAACUUUACAAGGUUACUGGAAGUCUUUAAGAAAAAAUAUGCCAAUAAAAUAUACCUCAACUACAUACAUUUAUUAGAAAAAAAUAUUAUUAUCUACUUUUAUACAAAAUAGAAUUGAUUUUACCCCUUAAAUGGCUGCAAUUCAUUAUAUUACAAAAUCAUUAUGCUAUGGAACUAUGUACAUAGUUGUACACAAGAAAAGUACAUAAUAUAUAUAUUUAACAACCAUCUGACCAUUAAACAAGUACUAAAUAAAUAUUACAAUAUUUGUAAUUGAUCAAAAUUAUGAUUUAAUAGUUUAUUAUUUGUUAAAGUUUCGCCAGUCCAUCUCUGUAGAUUGAUUAAUUUAUUUGUUUUAUUAUUGCACUCGUGUAUCGAUCGACACACUAUUUUAAAUACUCCUUGUUGUAUUAACAUGGCAGUGUUACUGUCAUCAAAAAUUAUAUUUUUUAUAUUUACAUUAGUAAAAUACAUCUGCCCUGUGAUAUGUGAUCUGUCAUACCUGUAUUUUACAUUCCCUUUUAUUAUAUCCAGCUUAACUCAUCUAUAAUCUCCUCAUACCCGAGUACAAAAUUGUACGGCUAUGGGCAGGUUAUGCUAUUGAUUAUUACUUAAUAUUCAUAAAAAAUGUAUGUAGUUUUCAAGUUAUCUGUUUAAAAAUUUACUUGUUACUAUCGUAAUUUAUCUAAAUGUCACAAAUUCUAAAAUUAUAACUAAAACAUAAGAUAAAAAUAUUUAAGAAAUAAAAUGUCAUCAUUGUAAUAAACAAGUGCUGUGUUUUCAUAAUGCCCUUAGCAGAGGUAAAAAAUCUUUUACUUGUAAAACUAUGUCUUAUCUUUGGCCACUACAGUUGAAAAAUUCAGUUACGUAAGGCAACACAACUGUCUAAUGGUUAAUUGUAUGGGUACAGUACGUUAUUAUGGCGGGAAAAAACUGGGACAUGUAAAUCUCAUUUAUUUUUAGUAACAAUAUCAAAGUAUGUACAAUACUAUGAAAUAUAUUUUAAUUACUGCUAUCUAAAAUAUCUUAAUAACUAGCACCAAUGAAACUUACGUAAUGAAUUUGUCUGUACAAUGGUUAGAAUUAUUUAAAUAGUAGGUAUUUUCUAGUUCUAAUUACACCUCAUUGGUGUUCCAUCUGGGUUUGUGGGAAUUUUGGGCUUGCAAACCUUUUUCCUACCCUCAGCGCUGCUGACCAUAGUACAAGUAAAUGUAAAAUAGCCACAGGAUGAGGAUUUUGUAUAGUAUGUGUGAGAAUAUUGUUUGCGAACAUUAUUUUCGCCGUCUAGGUCACGUGUGACUGAUUUAGAUACCGAGACGUACCUGUUACUAUCGUCAGGCUUAGGACUGUAUAAAGAUCUCAGAUUUUUCGGAUUGACAUUUCUCGGGUAUGGUGGGUAUUUGUAUUUGAUUUUGCCGCUUCCUGAAGUAAGGGACACUGUUUGUGCUUGUGAAGGAGAUUCUUUGGAACCCACUACGUAAGUCUUAUCUUUAGAUGCUACAGAUUUGACACUACCAGUGAAUCCAAUAGGUAUCGUGUAGCCGCCAGUACCCGGUACACGUUCUCCAGGUAGGUAUAUUCGACUUUCAUCAGGGCGUUCGGAAUUUCGCUGUGUAAUUUCUGCAUCUUGAUCUGUCAAGGAGCCUAACAAUAUAUGUUGCGUGUUACCACCUGUCGUCUGUCUCACUUCUAUGCCUUUUCUUUUGGGACUGUGAAGAGACUGAUGUGUUGUUUCAGGGUCUCUAGAGAAUUCAUUAUAACUAGGAUUAAUGUAACCCUGUUCGCUAUCUGCAGCAUCUGUUCCUUCAGGACCGAAACCAUCGUCGUAGUCUUCCGGUGGAGUAUCAUCUUUAUCUGGAGAAUAUUCGUAGUCUCCGUCGGGGCUGUAUGAUGGUUGGAAUGAUCGCCUACUCUCUACUGGUGGUGAACGAGUAGGUACCAAUGAUGGAUCGUUCAAAUGAUGAUCUUCGUGUUUAUGGUUGUCAUAAGAUUCUUCAGGCUGUCCAAGUGGUUCUUCCUUAUCCGACUCUUGUACAUCCGGUAAAUAUGAUAAUUCAGUUGUAGACGGAUCUGUUUGAGGGCCAGGAGUUGUAUAUUCUAUUGUUUCUGUGAUGUUGAGAUUAUCAUCAUUAAUAUUAAGGUUUUUAUUGAUUUCAUCAUUAACGUUGAUGUUUUUAUUGGCUUCAUCAUUUAUGUUAAUAUUCUUAUUGCUUGGAUCAUUGACGUCAAUCUUUUCAAAAGGUAAUCUAUUUGGGAAUACAGCAUCUUUGUCUAAACUAGAUCCUGCCUGAGCAGCACCGUUGUAUGUUAUGCCAUAUUUGAAGGUGCCAUGUAGUUGUGAUUGUGACAUACCAGUUCUACCGCUGGAUUGUGCGGAAGCUACGCCUCCUCCAACAAAUGGAGUUUUCUGGGCGUCGUGAGAUUUAUCACCAUCUUUGUAGGGUGUAAAUCCUAUUUGUGCUUGAGAAGAUGUACUACCUGGUCCUCGUGCUUGUGCGUCGGCCAUUCCUCCUUUAACACUGCCUUGGACUUGUGAAUUAGACGAGUGCAGUAGACCUUCACUUUGUGAUCCAGUUACAACUGAACCGGUUUCUAAACCAAGCUCGACAUUAGCUUGUGAUUUGUUGUUUCGACCGCUGCCUUGAGCUGUACUUGAAGCACUUUUUUUGUCACCAGCCACCUGGCUGCUAGCGGCUUUAUUUUCACCAGUAAUUUCUGCUUGAGCUGAGAAAGACCCACUGCCUGUGUAAGUACCCUGUACAUGUGUCUGCGCUCUUCCUUUGUCGUUGCCACCUUUAGACGACGCAGACGCAACUGUUCCAUUAGCUGCUUGGUUCACACUUGCUUGAGCUUCUGAAUCGUCCCCGUCAAUAAUAGAGUUGGGAUCGAUGACAUUUUGUGGUACACCUAAGAAUUUAAAUGGUAUUUUACUUAUUUAUUU